AAGUCAACCUUUGGUUGACGGAUUUAGACCUAUUACGCUAUUUUUACAUAAAAUAAUAAAUUAAAGCAGAUUAUUAGUGUCAUCUACAUAGUAUCCGAAGAUAAGGUAGAGAAAAUAACUUAAAAGAAGGUAUUUAUAUACAAUGGAGUUAAAUUAAAGUGUUGUCUUGAGAAAAAUUCAUAAUGGAUUAUCCACAAACAGAAGAACUUCUAAAAAUAUCUAAAAGCAGCGAUGAAGGUGGAAAUGAUGAUCUUGAGGUGGACAAUUCAAAGAGUGUUCUCUUAAAGAUAGCAACACUGUAUGCUGAGCAGUUAAUGAGUGACAUGGUGCUAGAAGUUGGUGGGGUUGGGUAUCCAGCACAUCGGCUAAUAUUAUGUGCAAGUAGUGAAGUCUUCCAGGUGAUGUUAAUGAAUAGAGAGUGGAGUGAAUGGAGGGAAAGUAGAGUAAUUCUUCAAGAGACGCCCACUGCCGCAUCAGUCUUCCCACAUUUCCUUAAAUAUUUUUAUACCGGACAAAUUAGGAUUUCAUAUAAUACUGUUUUACCAGUCCUGUCAUUAGCUGAUAAAUAUAAUGUUAAAGAUUUAGUGAUACUAUGUCUAGAGUACAUGUCGCAACAUAUAGCGCUGGCUGCCAAACGAGGUCAUCUAAUUGCCUGGAUGCAAUAUACGAUGGCUUGUGGACACAAUUCUGUGGCCAAGGAAUGCCAGAACUUCGUGAAGUGGAACAUGGAGGGUGUGUGGUCGGGGACGGAUUUGUCCGAGCUGGAUGAUGAGACGCUACUGCUGUUGCUGCAGCAGAGCGACCUCGUGCUGCUCAACGAGAUGAAGCUCUAUCGACUCGUGGUGUCGUGGCUGAUGACGCAGCGGGAGCGGUUCGAGUUGAGCGAGCUGACUGAGGGCGAGGUGAAGAUGCACUGGGACACGCUGGUCACCACCGUGCUGUCUUACAUCAGAUUCCCAAUGAUGUGUCCGAACCAGUUGGCUAACUUGCUGCUGUGUCCACUGACUCAGGAGUACAAGGAGUUCUUCAUGGAGCGGAUGGCCAUCGCGAUGAGCUACCAGUCAGGUCAAAACGAGCGCGUUACUGAAAUCCAGCAAACAGAACAGGGCCGGACGCUGUUCACGCCGCGGCUCUACACCGAGGAUAUGUGGGGCUCCAUCCUGUCCGUUGACAACUUCCACUCCCUGCCGAGCUACCACACGAGGACCUUCAUCUUCUCCACUAAGCCUUCCAUAGCCGACGUCGCGUCCGACGGUCUGACGGAGUGGACCGUUGACUUGUACCCCAAGGGGGUGUGGUUCAAGAAGAGCAUGCUCAUAGCCUGGUCAGGGAAUUAUGAUGUACCUGAGGUAGUUCUACGUACAGUGCGCAUAUCAAUAACCUGCCAGAAUGGACCCGAAGUGAAUGCGGACGUGUACUCAAAAUUGGCGCUCCAAGAACCUGAUAUCAGGGUUAAGAUCGGUAUUCUGGUGUGGGGCGUGCAGAAUGGCGUGGAACACAUUGCCAAUAUCGUAGAGAGAGUGCAUCGGUUCAACGCUCAGUCCAAAGUAUUGAACAUUGACGACGCUCUCGACUUCGACGAGUUGAACACACCGCUGUACACGCCCGCCUCCGCUAACGCCGGCGGCAAUGUGUCAACUGUCAACAUGACAAAACACAACAGUCACUGCUCGAAAUGUACUGAAAACUGCGCGAUGCCGGAACCGCGCCAUCUGCUGGGGAUAGACAGGGAUCAAUUACGGAUACAAGUGAUAAUCGUUCCGCUAACGGAAUUCUGUCACGUGGCGGUGUCGGGCGACCCUCACGGAUGACACCCGUCCCGUGUCCGCAGCCGUCACCCCGCGUGUAGUGACGUGCCAACUGACUUGGCAGCCCGUCUGCUACCUGCUAACUGCAUGUCAACAUGGUAAAAUAAUUAUAACAUGGAGGACAUGUUUUGUUUUGCUGCUCAAAAUUGGUUAUGUCUAAUACAUAAACUUACUUAUUAUCUUAAUGUUAAAAGGAGAUGGACAGUAAAAUGUAUGGGCCUGUACCCCAGGAUGUACAUAUACACUAUGUUAAUAAACCCUGUACGGUAAUUGAUACAGAUAUGCAGUUGAAAUGCGGAGACACCACUAAAAACAAAAUAAACACAUCAAAACCCCUUAGAUUAAAUGCUACAGUAAAAAGAACGUUUCAUAUUAAAUAUUUUCAAAAAUUUUGAGAACCCCUGACUUAUUUAUUCUGUCAGUAAACAAAUGUCAUCGCCCUGGCCUCGGUCUUAAUGACAUAAUAUAAAUUAUAAGGCGGGCGAUUUUUAUUGUUAUUAUUACAAAACUUUAGUUUCCCGCCGCCCGCCGUGCCAUUCGCAUGGCACAUGAAUGAAAUGGGCGUGUGGGCGGGGAAAAAUUAAAAUGGCUGCAAGCUUUACAACAAGUUCAAGCUUUACAACAAGUUCUUUAACUUUUUUUUUGAAUGUUCUUAUUUCCUGAAAAACUAUAUUUAUUUGUUCUCACUACUUGAUACCAAUAUUUAGUACAGGACUUUUUUAACACCUGUAUAAAAUCUAUGUUAUUUAAAAGUAGACAUCUUCUAGGAAAAAAAGUAAAAAAUGUGAAUAAUGCUCAGCAGUUAUUGACCAAAGUUGUGUAACUACUGCAAAAUUAUUGUCAUAGUAUCUAUGUCUAUAGAUUACUGAAUAUGUAGUAUAUUCAUAUUUUGUAUAAUAUAUAUUUUUGUCCCGGCAUUUUGUAUACACAGAUACUAUAAAAUAUAAACGUAUAUAAUAUUAUGUUAUAAAACAAAACGAAACGGCGCGAAUUUGUUUUAACGAAUGUAGUGUUUUAAAUAUUCAGUGAUUGUCAAUUGACAGUAGAUCGUCCACUUGAGGUUGAGUGCUGCCAACAUAAAAAUGAAAUACUCCGUAACUGCAUUUAGAUUAUUUAUUUUAUUUAUGUAUAACUUUGACACACUUUUAACACAUUUAUGUUCGUUUAAUUGGUAGGAUUUGUACAUAAAUGAUGUUUUAAAUAUUAUGUUGAUGUAAAUUAUGAAUAUUUUACAUUUUAGACUCCGUUAGAACGGUAUAUUCCAUGGCAACGUUUGCACAAUUUAUACAAGGGAUAUCAGAAAAAUACUUUUUAUUGAGAUUGAUGUUUCAACAUUUCCUAUAGUGAAUCAAUAAAUUUCUAAAAUUAUUAAUAAUAAAAAAAUAUUAUUUGCAAUACAUUUAUUUUUGUACAUUUUAGGUCACAUUAAGUCCAUCUCCUUUGGCAAAAAUAUAUCUACAAAUUUACAAUCCUAUAUGCCAAAGGAAAAAUUUCUAUUGCUAUGAGAUGAAAAUCAAAACAUUCGUGUUAAUGAAAGGAGUUGUUCUAAAUUGGGCUAAUUCGGGACACAUGUCAGUUUCUUGGAAAUAACUCCUAUAGUAUAUUAAGAACUUAGGUAAUUUAUACGUCUAGAUAGUCUCUUGCUGUUAGACAACCGAUAAAAACAGGCCAGGAAUAUUAGUUUAGUGUACAAAUCGCGAGUGUAACACGUAGCUUACGUGUUACACUCACGAUUUGUAUGACACUGGUGUGUUAGUGUGCGUGAAUUGCUCAAAAUAGAGGUUAGUUCUAAAGUCUUUUUUUUCGACGUUUUCACAGCUGUCAUAGUCUAUCUAGACGUAUUAAUGAUCUAUGAUUAAGAAAUAAAACUGUUCAGUAUUGGCACCGAUCAUUACCGAAGAGACUGGUGAAUUCCUUAACACCGAUGAAAUACAUAAUUUAAUCUUGGUGGUCUACUUAAACGUGACAAGCUGAUGGUGCCCUUUGCUACCAUAGGAAGAAUAAAAUAAGUGGUCGUGAAACACAAAUAAGUUGUGGAGCUAAAUGUGUUUUGAAAGACGUAUUCCUGCGCACAUUGUAUUGAGAAGCAUGUCAAUUAUUAUAUUUAUGUGUUCUAUUUAUUAAUUAUUGCGAUGUUGAUGAUGUAUUUUUAGUAAAUAAAUGAAUCUUCAACAAUGUUCACGUAUAGGAAUGGUUUUUAUCAAAUGAAAAUAAGGUACGAGACGAGCAGGAUGUUCUGCUGAUGGUAAUUGAUACGCCCAGCCCAUGACAAUGCAGUGCCGCACAGGACUAUACACAGGCACUAAAACUGCGCCCGUCACCAUGUUUAGUCUCAUUUUCCUAGUAAUUUCACCAGCUACGGCGCCCUUCAGACCGAAACACAAUAAUGUUUACACAUUACUGCUUCACGGUAGAAAUAGGCGUCGUUGUGGUACCCAUAUCCUAGCCGGCAUCCAGUGUAUUGGAGCCUCCCACUGGUGAAUAUGGUAAUGGUUAUGGACCAAGUGAUAUUGCAGAUGUUAUUUCUAUAGGUAAAUCAAAUCUUAAUCAUCACUGAUUCAAACAUCGGGGACUUAUAAAUAUUGACACAGCUCUAUAUUUGCUUAUUUAGUGGGGUUUAAUAAUUUUGGUACUUAACCUGGGCGAGACCCGGCAUAACCCAACUUUCUUUGAUACACGUGUCGACGUCACCAUCUCAUUUGUCUUAUAAUAAUAAUGUCAACAUUAUAAUAUUAUAUUUUUAUGCAACAGCUGUACAAGAAUUGUCAAAAACCUAAUAAUAAUAUUGUAUAAUAUUCUUAGGAAUUAAGAAUACGUGAGCGUUGAGUUUUGUUAAAAAAUUAAUUGGUAUUGUGUAUCGAAUAUUUAGCUGCAAAAACAUUAUCCUCACUUUUUUUUUUGUAAACUAGACUCGCGUGAAGAUUGACUGCGUCGGUAUUUAAAAAUAAAUAAAAAUGGACAAGUUAGCCUUAAAGAAAAUACAAAAACCUACCUGUUGUGUUAGUAAAAGAUGUUCGGAGACUUGCAAGCUCCGUUGAUGAGGUUUACGAACUAUUUGGUAUCGGUUGAAUUAGUGUAAUUGAGGCUGCCGAAAUAUCAAUAUAGAAAUUAUUGCAUCCCUACUGAUAAUUGUCUAAUGGGCCAGUUUCUAGUGAUUGUUAAAUUAAUUAUAAUUUAAGGCGUCACAUCUACGAUCGAGUGCAUCGUUCGUCUCAUAUGGGUACUUCUUUCAUCUCUUAGCUUUCUUUCGUCGAAGUUGGUUGUAUCUGUAAUAUUGCAACCUCGUGGAGGUGCCGCCUUACACAAGAUAGUUCAUGUUACAAAUUGUACUAUAUGUAUAUGUUAACUAAAUUUUGAUGAUAUUGCCAUUUGAUGCUUAAGACAACGGUCAUAAACAUGGCUGACUGAAUAGAUAGUCGUGUACAUAUUAUGUAUUUUACUGGAUAACAGAUAUUACAUGUUUUAAGGCAUAUUUAACCCUUAACUGAUAUCGUAAAAUUCACUAACAUAACUCGUAUUGUGGGGGUCGCGCGGCCCCCAAUACAGAUUAGCUUCUGAGAUGCAAAUGUCCGCAAUUUUAUUUAAAAAAGAUAAAUAGCAAGCUUGUUUUAUUGGAUUAAUACAUUUUUAUUAAUGUAAUUCUUUUUACUUUAUUAGUACAAGAGAUCACAAAAACAUAAAAAUUUCUUGCAGAUGUUGUAGUUACAGCAUCAGACGCUAGAAAGAAAUAAAUAUUUUCUCGCAGUUCUCGUGGAUACUUUGAAUACUCGGCUUUCCGAUUUAUGAUUUAUAUAUUUUAUCAAUUCAAUUCUUUGGUAGUCAUCUCAUUUUUUGACGCUGCUGGACCAAUCAACCCAGGUCUUUGUCUAAUGAUAUUAUGUUGACGAGUAGGUUGGGGAGGUAGGGAAGGGAUGGGCACUUUUUUACAAUUUAAUGCAUAAAAAGCAGAUUUUAUAGAUAAUCAAUAUUUAUUGCUAAUUCUUAUUGCACCACACAUUUGGCUAGAUAUCUUAGAAAGAACUAUCUUAAAAUUAUAAUCAGUCUCAACAUUACAAGAUAAUUUCUGAUAUAAGUCAAAAAUGCCCAAUGCUCCCUAUGGCAGGGAGGCUUGGGCAUGGCCUACAAAACACUUAAUAUCUAUAAUAGAAUCCAAAAAUAAAAGUUAACAACAAAUAAAAAAUAUCUUAAAUAGUAUCUUAACUUAUCUUAGAUUAGGUAUAACCCAUAAAGGUUUAUCAAAUGUGUACUUAGAGCUACCACGUUUGGUUUUAUUGCAAGUCUUUGGUCGUGGCAAUUUAGUUUUGAUGUCGUUUAGUGGGACACUAGCUAUGUCAUCUACUUCAGGAAAAAAAAGUUGUUUUUUAUCUUACUCAGCCUCAUAAAUUUUAUUGUAGUCAUGGUAUGACUAAUGUCUUCGAUUCGGUCGACAUAGUGGACAACAGUCUUUUUUGUAUCAAACUGAACGAGCACAAAAUAAUUCAUUUGAAAAAUUCUGUCAAUCAUUAUCGCAUCAUCUUCAUCUAAGUCUUCUUCUGACGUUUCUUCCACAAAUGAUCCCUCAGAACUGUCUGCGAGUAAAACAUUUUCUACAUCACUAUCACUAUUGCUCAUUUGCCUUUUCUUUGCUCUAUUUGAUGUUAGUUCUGGUGGAAGUUUAAGAAUCUGUUUCUUCUCUGUGUUUUUUUAAGAAACUUUUUUUCCUGCCUCUCUCUUUUAGCCUUGUUCUUGGUUUGUCUUUCUUGUUCUGCUAAUUCUAGUAUUCUCUUUUCACGUGUGUCUGUCAAUAUUCUUAAUGUUUUCCCUUUCUUCCUUGCAUUUUUAAUUACUUUUCUUGGGCAAGCCUUUGGGUAUGGUCUGACUAUUUCAGGGGUCAUAACUUCAGUGACUUCUGUUGUUAUUCGAUCUGUAGCAAAUGACGAUGAAGAAUCAGCAACAGAAAUGUUACUUAAAUUAACAGGAUCUACUUCAAUUUGAUUUUCUCUUUCAGGCUGUUCUGGAAGGACUUGAGUUGGCCGGAUUAUAGGGUCAUACCUGGACGAUGUCGCUUCAUCAGUUAUGGAUGCAUCGCGAUCUUCAUUUGAGAAUAUAUUUGAAUUUAAAGGCCAGGUUUUUCAAAUCCUUUUUGUAUGUUUUGUGGUUUGAAAGCUAGAGGUAUAGCAAUGGCUGCUAGUUUGGGGAUAUCAUAGAUUGUUAGAGUUUUUCCUGUUGUUAAAGCUCUAUUGUAGUAAUUUUUUAGUGGCCCAUACACUGUUAAGUCAAGUGGCUGUAGCUUGUGGCUACAGUGUGGUGGAAAGGUCAUCAUAACAAUGCCAACUUCUUUACGAAAGUCUAAGACUUUCACAGAAAUAUGGCUCUCAUGAUUAUCAAGGAGCAACAACACUGGAUUUUCAGGCGUUGGUUUAUCAUGUUUCUCAAAAUGAUGCAUAUAUUUAAUGAAAUUUGAAGAUGUCAUCCAUCCAGACGGAUGUGUUGGGCCAUCUGAUCCAACGGGGGCAUCAUGAAGCAUGUGGGAUUUGAAGUUUACUCUUGGGAAUAUAAAGUACGGAGGUAUUGAAUAUCUAAUAGCAUUGAUUUCACAGCACACUGUGACAAAAGAGCCUCUCUCUGUAGAUGUUGCUUGUCCAACUUAUUUCGUGCCUUUUGAAGCAAUCACUCUUUGUGUACGAUGAACAGUCGUCAAUCCUGUUUAAUCUAUAUUAUAUAUAGCUUCGGGACCAAACUGAUGUCGCUGAAACACCGUGAGAUUGCCUAAUUAGAAAUCCCCUUAGCCAGUCCUUCGAUGCGAUUUUUUUUCUUGAUCCAAUUAUUAGGAAUAUUAGUUUUCUUUAUGGCUACAGCAUAGUCAUAGGCAAAUUUACGUGCCUGUUAACUUUCUCAUACCAUAAUAAUUAUGUUUAGAACAAACUAUCAUGUAAUUUGACAAUUUUUGUUCUUCUUCGUCGGUGAAAAUUUGUGAGGUUAUAAAUCUGUGCGAAGAAUCCUUGACAGAAUCUUGUUUAAGGUACCGUUGCAGACUUGAUCUAGAGGGAUUUGAUAUUUAUCAGCAGUUGUUUUUAUUUUUGAUCCUUUUGAUACCUCUUCUAUGGCUCGUAAUAUGAUAUCUUGGGAAAUUCCCGUCGCAAACCUUUCUUUUUAAAUUUGAACGACAUCUUUCUGUAAUUAAAAAUAAUUCGAAAAGUUUAAUUAAAGCAAAUCCUCCUAUACUCAACAUAUAGGAGGGAGGGAGGGCAUGCCCAAUACUCUGUAUACAUUUUCAACAUAAGUUAGCGGUAUUUUUUUUAUUUAUGUUAUUUAAGCAUGAAUUUCUAUUUCAUUUAUAAGUUAGUAAAUAAACAUUAGAUUAAUAAUAAAAAUAGACAUACCUUUCGUUAGUUUUCUGUUUAUUACGAUUCGAAAUCACAACAAAAUAUUUACUUUUACGAGCGCAUAACCUUCAAACGUGUCUGUAUUUGACAACUAACAGAAAUGAAAGAUAGUCUAUGGAUGAUCAGUGUUACCAGUCGGUAAAGUAAAUUACCAAAUAAAUAAAUAAAAAAAUCUGUGACCGGAUCAUACUGCAAUCUCGGGAUUUAGGUCUUCACUGCUAUCUGAAUCCUGUGUUGGUAACUGUUCAAUAUCGCUUAUUCCAGCGUUGUGGAUAUUUUUCUGGAUAUCCACUCAACACCGAUUCAGAGUCGGAAUCCGCGUCUAAUAUAUCUCUUAUCGUCUGAUCACUCAAAGGACUCGCCAUCUUGACAAAAUAACUGUAAAACAUACGAAUAAAUGAAAUAAAAUAUUUACUAAAACUAAACUAAACUAAAACUUACGGUACAGCGGGGGCCGCGCGGCCUCCAUAACGCACGUACCUCCGCUCUGGUAAAAGCUGCAGCGCCGAAAGUCCGUCGCACGCCGCGUGUCGCUACAUAAUGAGUUUACUCAAAAUGGCGCCCGCGCACGGUGCAUUAUUUUGAAGAAAUUCAAAAAAAUAUCACGUGUGGGGACCGCGCGACCCCCAUGAAACCAGUUAAGGGUUAACCUAAUAGUAUUUUAACUUACCAACAGUGGGAGUGAGCACAGAAAUUAGCCCUAACCACGAAUUAAAAAAAAAAAACUAAUUAAAUCUAACAUUUACUCUAAUUCAUAGUAAUUCAUUCAAAGCGAGUGUCACAUACUUACAAAUUAAACUAAAAAUUAUUUUGAUAAAUAAAUUUUGAAGAGAAAGAAUUAGAGAAUUUUUAAGACUAGUGAAUAGUCGAUACAUAUUGUGUUCCUAUCUCAACAUUUACCUACAUAUAAAAGGUUACCAUUGUACAAACACUAUAAAUACACUUUAGGUAUUUACAUGUUUGGUCUUAACUAGUCCAUUAUUGCUGGAGUCAUGUUUUGAGUAAACUAAACGAGACUGAGGGCUUUCUUUAACUAUGAAGAGUUUGCAAAAAAAGUCAUGUAUGUUUUUUUGUUGACUGUUAUGUAAAGUGACGACCAGUCGAAGGCAGUGCUUCGUUUUAAUCAACGCGAUGUAAAGUUAUUCCAAAUUUAAAGCCUUACUAAUAAACUUGGUAUAAAGGAUAUGGACCUAUGGAGUUGCGUCCCGUGCCACUAAUAAAUUAAAAAAAAUAUGGUAUUUCUGAAGUUUUCCGAAUGUCAGGGAGCCGUGCAAAUAAACGCGGGAAACGUUAUACGUCUGAAUAAUCUAAUCAUAAGAAAAAUGUCUAUUCUAAACAUUUUGCAUAUUCUUGGAUUAUUCUCAGGUAUAACUUUAUGCAAAGGUUAUAUUUUGUAAGGCCCUUUGUCUUUAUCUUACCUUUGUCACUACAGAAUUACAUGACAGGGAUAAGUAAUUUUAAACUUAGAGUAACUUUACACUGAGUUUAUUAAUGAAACAGUGUCUUUUACGUGUUCAAUUAGAAUAUAUAUGUAUAUAAUAUUAUGUAUGUUUAAUAAACGUGUUUUAGCACGUUGCGGAAUUUGUAAUAAUUUUUCUGACGUUUGGUCUGUCAUUAAUAUUAAGUAAUUUGAAAUUGUCAAAAUGUUAUUUUACGGCGAUCGAAUCGUUCUUAAAUUGUUGCAAAUGUGCAUCUGUAGAUGCAAAAUAAUUAUUGAUAGAAUUGGUCUCUUAUUAAUUUUAAUUUAUAUAAGUUGUUAACAAUGUAUGUGCAAUAAGUGUUUUUUGUGUAAAAGUGUUACUUCAUUAUAAUAUUGACUGAUACAA